AUGGCAGACGAGUUGUGGGAUGAGUUACAACACUUGGAGUUGGGAAGGGAGGAUCCUGCUCUCUUUAUUCCGCAUGAAGCCUAUGCCAUUGUGGAGUCUAGGAAUCGGCUUAGUCUGAUAGCUAGACCUCUUAAUCCUCGCUCUCAGAACCUUCACGCUGUGAUCUCGGCUUUACCAAGAGCAUGGGGUCUGACUAAUAGAGUGCAUGGCCGGGUCCUUAAUGACACGUUUGUCCAGUUCAUCUUUCAAUCUGAGAUUGAUCUCUUGUCAGUACUACGAAGGGAGCCUUGGCUGUAUAACAACUGGUUUGUGACAGCUCAGAGAUGGGAGGUAAAUCUUACGUUUCACCUGUUAACAUCUAUUGAAUUAUGGGUUCAGAUGCGUGGAAUUCCUCUUUUGUAUGUGUGUGAGGAAACUGCUUUAGAGAUAGCACAUGAGUUAGGAGAGAUCAUCACUCUGGAUUUUCAUGACUCCACUACGACUCAAAUAGCUUAUAUCCGUGUGAGAAUCCGGUUUGGAAUUACAGAUCGCCUGAGGUUUUUCCUAAGAAUCAUUUUUGAUUCUGGUGAGACUGCUCUGAUUAGCUUUCAGUAUGAAAGACUUAGGAGAAUCUGUAGUAGCUGCUUCAGAAUGACUCAUCACAGGAACUCAUGUCUUUACAGGCAGAUUGAGUCUCUCCAUAGGGUGACUAACACUACAGCUCAAAGGAAUGUUAGAGAAGAGGUGUUCAUGAGAGAUGAAAAUCUGAGAUCUUCAAUGAAUUCACAAUCUCAAAUGUCUGAGAGUUCGUUUCCUACUCCUAUUGAUCCACCUCCAAGGAUUCCUCAUCCUCCUUUAAAUCCUGAUGAAUUGGUGGCUGCAUAUUACCCUCAUACAAGAGCUACCUCUUUACCAAACUUUGCAGGUCCUUUGCCUCAGGUACCUCUUAGAAGAAAUGUGGAUGAAAGGGAUUCUAACAUCCAGCCUUUCUCCGGACCUGCAUUUGCAGCACACUCUCCACGUCUGGUGGAAGUAGGUGAAUCAUCAAGGCAAGGUGAGAAUACUCAGAAUGUUCACACGGUGGAAAAGGGGGAUUCAUCAAAAAGAAAGAACAUGGGUGGUCCCAAGUUUAAAGAUGAUGCAAGAAAGUCCAAUGAAGAUGAGCAUAUGAAUGGAGGGAUUCUGAAACCUCCAAAAAAGCGUUGAUCACUCUGUUAUAAUUCUGUCAUGUUUUUUGAUUUAGUUGCUUUCAAUUCAAUCAAGCAGCCACAAGAUAUGAAGAAGAUGGUAUGGCCUAAUAUCCCUUUUUGGUUUUGGCAUACCCGAAGUGUAUUGUUAUGUGGUGUAAUGCUCUGCUCUAAUUACCCUUACUAUACUCUUUUGCUUUACAACUUAGAUGACUCUCUAGUUAGAUAAUUUAAUGUUGUAAGUGGUAAAAGUGUGUGUCAAACUCUGAAAGUGGAUGUUCUUCCACUGUUGUAUCGUUUACAACUGCUGUUUUUAAUAAAAAGGGUAAUACUUAUG